AUGUUCACCGCGUUCGACAAACUCAGAUCUACCAGUAAAUGCCAGUCUCUGCAGACCUUCGGUGCUGAAAACACUGAUAGCGCUUUACAGAAGUUCAUCAAUGCUCCAAUUCUGUCGUUAUGGGAACCCUUCACAGCGUUGAUCGUGUCACUCAUUAUCAGCUUUUCUUUCAAUUCGCUCACUAAAGAAAAGCGAGUGGGAGCAAGCGAUAGGGUCGGCUUCACUGUAGCGGUCCUGUAUUUUGGACUGAUUCCAUGGAUAUACGUUGUUACACAGAAGGUUGCUCACGAGAAGCAAGACAUUCGAAACUUCCUCAGAGAAACACAGUUAUCUACAAUAAUAUUCCUUAUACACAAGCUUUCUUGUGACUUUCCGACCAUAAUGCUGACCGCGACUUUGUAUACCGUCCCAUUUCUUUUGCUGAUAGAAUCCAAUAUGUCCAACACACAACAGUGGCUUUGGAUGGCCUCAUUGCUUUGCAUUAUUUUUACCCAUCUCUAUUUAUGGCGCUUUAUUACACAGGCAUUUUCGUUUUUAUUCGACAGUGCUACGGUGGCUUUUGUCACAACAGUGCUACUUCUCACAAUCUCUUAUCUUACUUCUGGACUGGUCUCGCAUCCAGCUUUUUUAAACUCCAUGGUCUUGUCUAUCUCGCCGCACAGAUGGACUUCACAAGCUUUUUUGGAGGCGGAUUUUCUAGGUUGA